GAAGUCAAUUAGGGUCUCGUACAAAAAAUGAUUUUAUGAUAAUAGCUCAUCGGCCGCAGGCUAGCACCACCCAAGACCGCCAACUAAUUUACGUGAAUGAAGUAAUGUAGCGUUCAAUUAAGUGGGAAUGGCACAUGACGACGGGCAGUAGAACAACAAACCAAACUGUAUAUAAAGAUGAGAAUACAGUCGAGUAGGCUAAAAAUCACAUCACAUCACAUCACAUCAAAACAAAAAAUAUAUAAAUUUCAAGAAUUUUACUUUGAGAAACAAAACAUCAGAUAUUCUAGAUCAAGAUUACAAAAUGCAAGCAACUCCAAAGCCAACCGGUCAUCCGACAAAGGCAGACAUAAAAAAACAAACAAAAGCAAACACCGUAGCAAAUUCAAAAGUCGUAAAGCCACAACCGUCUUCGAGUACACAGACGUCGUCUGGAGAGUCUGCGACGCCCUCCCGAACAAGAACAAUAAAGAUCCGUAACGAAGGAGACAACAGCAAUGGUGGUAUCACCGAUGCAUACGAUAAAGAUGAAAGACGGAUUGCCAACCGGAAGGAGCAAAAUUUGAAAGCAAGAAAAACUGACCCGGCCCCAAGCACAACGCAAAAACUUGUGGGCAAGAUAAAAGACAAGGCAGGAUUAUAAAAGGAAAGCACGUUGGUAUUUGCUAGGCAGAAGGGGUAGGACACAGGGUGUCAUUGAUCGCGCGUUGGAACCAAUAUAAAAUGAUAAAUCGCUUCACAGACAAUUUGGGAAGUAGCUUCA